CAUGCACAGCUUUGUGCAUAUCAGGUUAGCACUACUGAUCUUGGCUACGCUACCAGUAACAAUGACUCGUCAAGAUCCCGAGCGUGUUUGUGGAAUGCCAGGCUUCCCCGGCCCACCUGGAGCACGCGGGCUUCCUGGACCUACUGGACCUACUGGCUUCCCUGGACCAAUUGGACGCACAGGAAUGCCCGGAAGCCCAGGCCUCUGUCAAUGCUCUAAGGACAGUUCAGAGGAAGAAGAGGAAGAAGACAAGGAACCAAACCCCUAAGACUACCUCAUCCCAACCAGAGGAGGAGAACAGGAGACUGUGUUUCUGAUCUGAGAUACUAUAAUCUUCUAAAGAUGUGACACCUGUAAUGUGUUUCUGAUCUGAGAUACUAUAAUCUUCUAAAGAUGUGAAACCUGUGUAAUGCUGUAAUAUUAGGCCUUUCCCUGCAGUGUUGACUAGAUUAUGAUGUCUCAGUGUGGACUACUAGGGUGUACCGAUUAAAUGAGAAAUAUGCUGAAAGAUAUUAAGUCUUCCGUCAGUCAGUGAGUGAGUAGGUGCAGUGGACACUUACUCCAUCUGGCAUCCUUCUCUGAAGGUAGUUCUCAAUGACUUUGUGUCUUUAGUCUCUUAAUGACAGUCUGAGUUGACUGUGAAGAGGUCUAAGUCUAAGAUUGUCACACUGUCUCGUGCAUAUACUGUAUUCUUGUACAAAUCUCUUACAGUGCCCUUGAGGAGUGUUAUUUAAUAUUAAUGAAAAAAACCUGAUGAAAAACUGUUUAUCAGAUGUUGUCUUUACUCAGCAAAUUUCAUCUAGCCCAUU